CGUGCCAGUGAGCACAUGAAAAUCCCAACAAUAUUUUCCCUUUAAAUUUCUGAAGUAAUUUUCCCACAUUAUAAAUUUCAUGAAAUAUUGAAUUGUAAUCCCCCAAAUGAAUUGUUAUACCAACCGUUGCAUUUGAAUAUCAUUGCAACCUCCGCGGCGGAGCCGCAUAAUGUACACACAUUUUUCUCUCUCGCACCCAAGAGGUGAUCUCUUUACUGUUACCCUUCCCGAGCUGAUUGUGUGAAAAAGAGCUCCAAAUUUGUAAAAGAAAAAUUAUUAAUUAUCCAAUAAAUUUAAUUCUGUGAUCAAUAAAAGUUGGUGGUGGUGAUCAUAAAAAGUGUGUGUUUCACUGGAAAUUGGGAUCAAGGAUCCAGGAGGAUCCUAUAAGGAGUUGCGGCUACUUUUCUUCCCCCCACGUGUGGCAACGUGCGAUCUUCUGGGGAUUUUCCGUGCUCAUCUGGCGACUGGGAAAUUUUUUGCUCCUCCCUCACCGGACCCUAAUCAAUGUAUCUUUAUACAGGUGAGACGUUACCUGGAGCUACUCAUUGAGGGUGAAGAUUCUUAUUCUUUUCUUCUAUAUUCUCAUACAAAGGUGAGCUAAGGGAGUUUGUGCCGAGGGAAUCUAUGCUGAGUAUUAAUACAUUUGUCCACUGCUCUACCACAUAUACUCAUUAGGUAACCCACCUACAUUUUUGGUCGUCUUCGAUCCGGGAAACUCAGCGCUACAUUGUUGAUCGACAAGGAUCCGGUACGUUGAGACCUCCAUUGCCUGCGCAGCAUAGAACCAGUGGCCAUUCCCAUCUCUUGCGGUGUUGCAUCCGAGCAUCCAAGAUGAUUCUGAUUGAACGUGAAGGAAUCAUCAAGGCACUCUCCAAGACGGAAUCCUUCGUCAGUGGCUUAUCGUCUGCAGAUACGGCCUACCUUGAUCGUAAAGUCCUCCAAAUGCAAAUCCAUCAGGUCAACAACCUCCAAGCAAAGUUCGAGAGCGUGCAAGAUGACAUCAUCAGCCACAAGACUGGCAAAGGGAAAGAUCAUGAAGCGUCUUUCAAGCACUCAGUCUUGAUGCGCUGCGCCAAAAUCAUCCAAGAUACGACUCACUUGUUGACGUUCUACCCAAAGGAGGAACCCUGUACAGACACUUCGCCUUCUGGAACCCUCUGUAGCCUCAUGAGGGAGAUGAUUCAGCAGAACAACCAGUUCCUCGCCAAGCUCAACGCAACCGCAAGUACAACCACUCCUAUUGAUAGUCGCUCCUUAAGACUCCCUCAAACUGAAUUGCCCAAAUUUUCCGGUGAAUAUUGUGAGUGGAUUCCUUUCAAAAACCGAUUCAAUUCCUGCAUUGCCAAUAUUCCCAAUUUAUCAAAAGUCCAGAAGCUUGAUUACCUGAAAGCUUCCCUGAGUGGAGAUGCCGCCUCUACAAUUGGUUAUCUCCCUACCACCGAAAACAAUUUUGAUGUAGCUUGGGAACUCUUAAGAAAUCGGUUUGAAAUAAAUUCUGAAACCAUCGCUGGGCAUGGUCGUAACCCUUGCGACAUGCCAUCCGUCUCCUCCUCUGAUCCAAGUCAGCGAUGCAUCAAUGCCACUCAUACAGCCACUACAUCUGCGAAAUCCAAUUCGCGCUCACAUCCUUCCGCUGGCAAUUCAUCCAAGGAAUAUGCCAAUGAUUUUCACACAACAGCGGCAGCAUCUAAAUGCCAGUGCUGCGACCAAUCCUCUCAUCCACUGUACAAGUGCCCUCAAUUUCUUGCACAGAAUCCGGAUGAGAAAUAUGAGACAGUCAAGACGCUCAACCUGUGUAGAAACUGUCUCGCUCCACAUCUUACUCGCACUUGUACCUACCGCAAGUGUCGCAGGUGCCAAGGCCGGCACAAUAUACUACUGCAUGAUAAGUUCGUGGGUGAGUCUGCUGCCAACCCGCCGGCUCAGAUACCAACGCCUUCGGCUAUCAUUCCUCCGUCUGUUGCCCAUCAGCCUGCGCCAACUCCUGGUGUGCCAGCACCAAACCACUCUUCGGCCCUUUCCGCGUCCGCCGUGUCCGAACGCACUCUCCAACCUGGCCCAAGAGUAUCCUGUGCCACAGCCAUGGUGGAUGAGCUCACUGUUAGCGGGGAGAAGAUUUCUUGCCGUGCUCUCCUUGACAGUGGAGCCCAAGUCUGCAUCAUGACGUCCAAUUUGCUCCAGAAAUUGAAGCUUCCGAAAUCCCCUUCGGAAAUCUUUGUUGUGGGCAUAGGCAAUCAGGCGAACUCAGUGAAACACAAAAUCACUGCUACUAUAUCCUCACAAAGAAACAAUGUUUCCCACUCAUUCAACUGCAACAUACUUCCGGAAAUCUCAGGCAACAUUCCAACUUGGGAUGAGGAUACCAAUACAAUGCAUCCACCACUGCACUUCCCCUUUGAUGAUCCAGAUCGGAAUGUUUCUUGUACUGUCGAUUUGAACAUCUGCAGUGAAUCGUAUCGGGCCAAUUGGGUGUCCGACAUUUUCUAUCUGGGCUCCAGUCUUCCACCCCUCCGGGAGAUUUUCCACGGCUAUGUGAUCGUAGAUGAGCACAAACCUCCUCCACAGGUCCAGGAUGUUCAUCACGUCAGUAGCACUCCAAUCCUAGAAGAAAUGUUGUGCACAUCCGGGGAGCUUGAAGAACCACCGGUUGAGGCUUCCGUUAUGAACCAGCAGUUGCAACCCGGUGCUCACUUCUCCAGAACCUACCAGAGGUUUGCUGUGAGAAGAUUCAAUGUGAGAUUGCCCGUCAGGAACCAACCUGACCCUCUGAAGGUUUUCUGUCCACAGUCCGUGCGACAAUUUCUGGCACUGGAGCGCCAGGUGAACAAAAAGCCUCCCUUCAACAUACUGUACGUCGAAGUGAUGAGACACCGUGUGAAGAAGAAAUGGCUAUGGUCAGUUUCUUUACCAGAUUCCAAGAUUCUCAGCUACUUCAUGUCUCACCAGGGGAUGAUGACCGAAUCCAGCACAACUACUGAGUUGAGAAUGAUGCCCAACGUCUCUGCAAAAUUAUCUUCGGACGACAGUUUGAAUGACCUAGCUCCAAUAGGUCCCAUGGUCUUCCCUGACCACGCCGUCACCUUUCCGAGGUUCCGCCUCCAUUUACAUUCAAAGACGGCAGACAUCUUGAAGAUGGAUCCCGAAGACUACCAUUUCCAUCAACUGAUGUGGCAAUCCUUCGUAGAUGACACACUUCGAGACCGCUACAUUCCCAAGGUCUGUUGUGAGGUAGCAUCGCCGCUACAUGUGAUCUUACGUGCACUCGUUCAACUAUUUGAUGGCCACAACGCUGAAGUCCCAUUAGCUUCCAGCAUAGUGCGAUUUCUCUUAUAUGUUGACGACAUCACUCCAACCACAUUCAGUCUCAAUGGGGAUUCCAUCAUGAACCAUUUGAACUUCCAAACUUCCGUGGAUGCUUUCAUGGAGAUACACUUGAGGAGAACUUUGGCUCCUGCCAUUGCCCAACUCUUCAAUUCCUACAGCCUGAUAGGAAAAUCCUUCACCAAUGGAGGACCUUUGCCAAAGGACUAUCAGGCGUCCAAUUCAUCUCCAUUCUCCUGUGGAUUUAUUUCCUCCAUCAAUUAUCUCGCAUUGUGCCUCAUGUCUUUGGUGGUACAACCAGAAGUACUUCAUCAGGAGACACGCUACGUGGGAUGCAUCUUCCCCCAGAAUCUCACAAAGUGA